AUGCCUUCACAGGCGGCGCCAUACCAUCGCAAACGAGGCCAAAGCGCAACCCAAACCUGUCACUCAACUGACGUUUCUCCGGUUCCGCGCCCUUCAAGUCCCCUUCAUUUCCUAAUAAUGCCUUUCGCGGCUUUGCGGAACAUCUUCUGUUGUUGUUCUGGUGGGAAAGGGGAGGAAAGUCCUCUGUAUGACGAGAGGUCCCACCUUAUCCCAGAAUCCAAUGAUCCCCCUGCACUCGUUUAUUCAAGUGUGGUAUUGAUUGACCGGAAGAAGAUCGAGGAGCGAUUGGGUCACAUCGUACGCGCGAAAGAGGGGAAAAUGGUGAAUGUCGCGUCUCAGAUCCCCUUCAAUCUGCACAAUCAGGUUAUCCCAGAACAGCCGCAGCACUCACGGUCAGCGUCUGGUUCAGUCGAGCCACAGGAGGACGACCCCUACGCGCCCAGCACAAUAUCCGACUUCUACGCAAAUCGUGAUUCAGCGCGGUAUCGACGGAGAGGGCCCUUCGGCACCUCGAACUAUGGGUACCACGAGCCCACCACCAGAUCGUCAUCGGUGGCGGGCGACGACGAGGCUGGCCCCUCUCCACGCUCACGCGCACCCUCGAUCAUCAUCGAACAACCCAAGCCCACGCCAAUAUUGAACGUUCGUCUGGUUGGAUACACAGAUACACGGGCGAGAGGGCGCGCACGAGAACGGGGGUCUGCACCGUCAGGACUACCUGGGCCGCAUCCCCCAGUGGCGACGGAGGCAACGGAGGGCAGUUCGGGUGCUGAAGGUGCUGCAUCGCCCACUGAGGAGAACCCGUCAACGCCGAAGCCGCGUGUGACUAUUCCGACUGACUUCAAGUUACCGGAUGCUGGCGCGAUUAUCAUGAGUUGGGGCGAUUAA